GCAACAUGUUUUUUUUUUUCUUCCAAUUUUUAUAAUCCAAAAAUGACCCUUCCAUUUUCCUCUUCUUCAUCAGAAAACAUCUAUAAAAGCUAAUUUGUAAGGUCUUGUCAUUUCAACAUUUUUUUUCAUAAUCAUAAGGUCAGAGAUAUAUAUAUUAUAUUUUCAUCCAAAGAUGGAUUCUUUUAGAGGAGAAAAAAUUUCAAUAGAAACUAGCUCCUAUAAGGAAAUCAAAAUCAAAGAUGAAGAAGAGAUUGCCUUCAAGAAGCCAGAAGAAAAUACACACAAGGUAAAACAGUACAUUGGAGUUAGAAAGCGGCCAUGGGGAAAAUAUGCAGCUGAAAUUAGGGAUUCGACAAGAAAUGGAAUUAGGGUCUGGCUUGGAACUUUCGAUACUGCUGAAGAAGCUGCUUUGGCUUAUGACCAAGCUGCUCUCUCGAUGAGAGGCGAAUUCGCUUGCCUCAAUUUUCCUGUGGAAAGAGUUCAAGAAUCAUUACGAGGAUUCAAGUGUAGUGGCAAUGACGGUUCAACGUCUCCAGCUGAAGUUAUAAAGGAGAAACACAAGAAGAGAAAUAGCAAAGGUAAAAAAACAAAAGCUAAGGAAGAAAAUGUGUUAGUUCUUGAAGACUUGGGUCCUGAUCUAUUAGAUGAGCUCUUAUCUAAGUGUUCUACUUCUGAGUAAAGGUUUUUUUUUUCUUUUGAUUUAUCCUGUAUUUACAGUCUUCUUGUUUUUUAAUUCACUUAAUACUUUUUCCCCGAUAUUUUUGGAACAAACUCCCAAUUCAUGAAACCCUAAUAUUACAAAACCAGAUCGCACACCAAAUUGACUUAGCUUACAAUUUAGUGAUAUCAGUGAGAGUUUUGGACACAAUAG